AUGGUAAGCACUUUGACACCUGAAUACACUCUCAAGUUGCAGUACAUGGCCGAACCGACGCCAGAACAACCCCUACGAGUGAUCAUCGUCGGCGGAUCCAUUGCUGGGCUGACUCUCGCCCAUGCGCUGCUUCGAAUCGAUGUAGACUGUGUGGUCCUGGAAUCGCACGACGAGAUCGCACCGCACGUGGGCGCAUCCAUUGGCAUUUUGCCCAAUGGCGCCCGUGUUCUGGAUCAGCUCGGCAUUUUCGACGACAUUCGUGCUGCGAGCCGGCCGUUGGAAUGGUCGUUCGCUUGGAAUCCAGAUGGGAGCCUCCUAUACCGGAACGAAGCAGUGAAGGUCUUGCACGAACGUCAUGGCUAUCCGUUAUGCUUUCUUGACCGCCAGAUCGUGCUGGAUGCCCUUUUCAAGCACCUUGGCCGGCAGCAGAAGAGAGUACAUACUCGGAAGAAGGUCGUCCGGGUACAAACCCUGCCCGAUAAAGCUGUCGUCCAUUGCGCCGAUGGGAGUGAAUUCGAAGGCGACCUUGUUGUCGGCUGCGAUGGCGUGAGAAGCGUGGUCAGGAACGAGAUGUGGAGGUACAUGAAGCCCAGGGAUGCAGCAUCCAAGGAGCGGAGUUUGAUGACUUCCGAGUAUGCCUGCGUGUUUGGCACCUCAACCCCGACAGCCGGUCUAUCGCCAGGAGAGAUCCAUCGCACCUUCGCCAAAGACUUUUCCUUCCUGACAAUAUGUGGCAAGGACGGUAUAAUCUUCUGGUUCCUCUUUCACAGGCUGGCCAAACGGUACCCGGCGGACAACGUCCCGAGAUUUGACCAGAAACAGGUUGAUGCCCAUGUGUCGCCCUAUCUGAGCCAAGCAGUUGCGAACGGAGUUCCAUUCUCCGCCGUCUAUUCCAAUGCGAUGUUCAAGACCCUGCUUGCGCUGGAGGAAGCUUGCUUCACUAGGUGGUGGACUGGCCGUAUUGUCUGCAUUGGGGACUCCAUCCACAAGAUGACUCCAAACCUCGGACAAGGUGCCAACAGCGCCAUCGAGAGCGCCGCGCUUCUAGCUAAUCACCUCCGCCAACUAAAGCAAGCGUUUCCCGGCGGUAAAAUCCCAUUGAGCCGGCUGGAGCGGCACCUCCUCGAAUGGCAGACAGGCAGAUGGCCUCGAGUCAGCCAGAUGUGCGCCGCAGCCAGUGCUCUGACCCGGCUGGAGGCGCUCGCAACCCCGAUCCACCGCAUCGUGGCGCAUUACGUCCUGCCAAUCACCGAAUCGUUGAUCGUGGACCAAGCGUCUCAGGCCAUGAUCGGGGCUGAAAAGCUCGAUUUCCUCCCGCUGCCGUUAUCCUCAAUGUCCUGCUCCAUGCCGUAUAUUCCGGGCUACGAUCGCAUUCGUGGCCUAUUCAUAUGGAGGCGCCUCUUGGCCACUGCUCUGUUUGUCUGUCUGUAUUACUUGUCUGCUAAUGGGGAGACCAACUUGCUUCCCGGAAAUCGACUCACAUCAUGGAGCGCUCAGGAUAUUCCCUCCACAACGGAAGGCGUUACCGUAUCUGGUCUUGCGAGGAUGCUUCUUCCCUCCCAACUAACCCCGGUAUACGGAAUAUGGUUUCUAGAGGCUUGUCGCGAAGCGUGCACCAGGAGUGACCUUCUGCUGUGUGUUCUUUUCCUUUGGUUUAAGUCCACUAAGAAUGCGAAGCUGAUCACUCUCCAUGCAUACAGUGCAGUGGGCUUGUGGAUCGCAAUGCAUCUCAAAGGAACUGGGAAUACAUGGCCUGUGUGCUGUGCCGUGCAUUACAUUCGCAUGCCCUUGUCUAGGCUCGUACUGGGCCGUCAACAAUCCAUCAGGGCUGAAGCGCUGCGGGUGUUCCAUCCGGUCAUGCUAACCGGGUAUUGCUUGCUAUUGCUUGCUAUUGCUUGCUAUUGCUUAUGA